AUGGGUAAAGGAGAUCCGAACAAGCCCCGGGGCAAGAUGUCGUCCUACGCCUACUUUGUGCAGACGUGCCGGGAGGAGCAUAAGAAGAAGCACCCGGACGCCUCCGUAAACUUCGCCGAGUUCUCUAAAAAGUGCUCCGAACGGUGGAAGACCAUGAACGCAAAGGAGAAGGGCAAGUUCGAAGACAUGGCUAAAGGCGAUAAAGUUCGUUAUGACCGAGAGAUGAAAUCUUAUGUACCACCGAAAGGCGAGACGAAGGGCAAGAAAAAGAAGGAUCCCAAUGCACCCAAGAGACCACCGUCCGCGUUCUUCCUCUUCUGUUCGGAACAUCGCCCCAAGAUUAAGGCCGACUGCCCGGGACUGUCCAUUGGUGAUACGGCGAAAAAAUUAGGAGAGAAGUGGUCGGAACAGACGCCGAAAGACAAAAUUCCAUUCGAACAGAAAGCGGCAAAACUCAAAGAGAAAUAUGAAAAGGACAUUGCAGCAUACCGUGCAAAGGGUAAAGUUGAUGUGGGAAAGAAAGCACCUGGUAGGCCGGCAGUAGCAGCAAAGAAAAAGGUAGAACCAGAGGAUGAUGAGGACGACGAGGAGGAUGAGGAGGAAGACGAAGAGGAGGACGACGAGGAAGAUGAAGAGGAUGAUGAAUAA